AUGCUUGUAAGUUACCCGGCGUCGUCAGCGCCACAUACCAUGGGCAGGGGGGACGGCGUCGGAUCUUGGCCCGGCAGCAGGACGCGCAACACAUUCGAGGCAGACCCAAACUACACUGGCCAGUUUGAGCCGCAUCUUCUAGUACUGACCACGGUGGGUUAUUUCGGGAGCUGCGCGUCCGGGGCCGAGGGUAGGUUACUGAUCUGGCCCGGGGUGCGGGGUAGGUGGGUGCUUCGAGGAGAUGCAAUUGGUGAUGCGGCAGCUGUGCUGUGCUCAUGUAGAGGCCGAACGGCUAAUCUGGCCUACGUUUCGUCAUGCUCCUGGCUCUUGCCGGCUCAAGAUUUGAACCCUUCAAGGUUACGAACGUGUCUCCGGAUGUUUGCCUCUAAUGGCGUUGCUCUAGGUGCGUCGCGAGACUACGUGGGCGAGCACGCGGGCCAUGUCUUCCCCAGACGCGGGCAGAGGUUCAAGAACGGCAAGCACAUUGUGUGCGAACAGAUGGGAGAGACAAGUGCGCGGUGCAUUGGGCGCAUAUGCGGAAUAGCAGCGAGACGGGGUUGCUGGACGGCGGACUAUACGUGA